CCCCACAUUGGAUGCCAUUCCAAUCCUUCCAGAAUCCAGAGCCACCCUCUGUUAUCUCUCCGCUCCCUGCACUUCAUGCGCCCUCGACAUAGAACACCCUCUGCCAGCUGAACAACACUCCUUCUCGUCUUCCGAGACACACAAUACGCCAUCCACUGCUCUCCCCGCUCUCGCCAACCGACACCUUCCCAAUCCAUCCAUCGCCUGACGUAACCUCACCUCCCAGGAUUCCACUGGCCGCUUCCGCUUCCCAUCCGCGACUUGGGCAACCAACGCGAUACUGCUCGGCAUUUGCCGAUUCAAUGAGACGAAUAUCCGCCUAGGGCAUCUUCAGCACCUUCACUUCAGUAUACACACCCUUCCGCAGACAUGGCGAUCCGAGAAAAGGUCAAAUUCCUCUUCAAGUCCAAGUCCAAAUCGGACCGCGGCUCUCAAACCUCCAAAGGCUCCUCGAAAGCUUCUGAUGAACGAUGGCCAAGCAAUGUCUACAAACCCGGCGAACCCAUGCCAAGGCCAAAGUACCGAGCGCCUCCCAAAAAGGAGCACAAGGAUAAAUUAGAAGCGUUCAGUUUCGCAGACGCAUGGAGGAGGAAGAGCUUCCAGAGCCAGUACAGUCCCAUGGGAACCAGAGCACCAAGUCGGAGAAACAGCGUCGCCAAGACUCCGGCGAGCAGAAGGAGCAGCUGGAUCAGCUUAGGUAGAAAGAGUUUCAGCGGAAAAAGCACAGACGGCGGCAGGAGCAACAGUAUCACGAGUGGUAGCGGUGAUGCAGAAAAGGGCAAUGUGCGACACCGGGAGGGCGCUCCGAUGCACAUGGGUGUGGCAGUGCCCACGACAUUGAAGACCGAGCCCGAGGCCGAUGGCGAUGAUGAUGUACACAAUGUUGGCUUGUCACGAGUCCAAUCGAAAGACCAGCGAUAUCAGCCGCUCGAGCGACCACGAACAGCAGACAGCGGCACGGCUGGCCACGCGAACAACCUCGCCAAACCUAUGAGCACAGCACACGACCAUCAGCCUUUUACCGAACAGGAUCUCGCACUGGCGCUUCACCGCUCCCACCUCGCAGUUCCAGCGCAGGGGUGAGAGAAGCUUACCACAUCUCAGAGCACUUGUACAAAUUUGUAUAGCAACACGGCGCAAGAUACGGAGACAGGUGCAUAUCGUUGAGAUUUACUUUGCAGCAUUUUUGGCGUUGGAGUUGAGCAGGAAACUCUCUUGAAAGGGACACGACAUCACGCGAGCAUUUUGGCACCAUCAUCAGCAACAGAAGAGCAGUCAACAUUCGGACGGCUUUCAAUUUAGCAUUGCAUUGGACAGCAUGUCCCACACCAGCGGACAGCCAGAAGGCAUACAUAUGGAAUGGCCGGGGCGGAGGAGAAGGCAGCAGAGAGAGAGAAGUAGAAGAAGCAUAGGAAGAGAAUCUUUGUAUAGAAGUGAGAGCAGAUAUGAGCGUUGCUAU